AUGGCGUCCCGUGAGGACUACUUAGUUGGGUGGGUUUGCGCAUUGCCGGUAGAGGUUGCGGCAGCCAAAGCCACGCUUGAUCACAUUCAUGAUAACCUGCCUCCAUCAUCUGAUCACAACUUGGACGACAGCAACAACUACAUUCUAGGGAGUCUUCAUGGCCAUAAUGUCGUGCUGGCGUAUCCCAGUUCUGGCGUCUACGGCCAAGUGUCGGUGGCGAGCGUGGCCGAGCAGUUGCUCGCCAGCUUCAAAUCUAUCCGGUUCAUUCUGAUGGUUGGCAUUGCGGGAGGAGUUCCAGGAACCAAGGAGGAUAUUCGUCUUGGCGAUGUCGUUGUAAGCAAAUCGACGGCUGACUGGCCGGGUGUCAUUCAAUGCCAAUACGAUGCAAACGGGGGGCAAGCCGGUGAUCAAGGUCGGUUGGUUCGCGGUAGAGCCUCAGAUCAGCCGACACCAUUGCUUCUCACAGCUAUGGGAAAGGCUGAGACAGCUGCCAUCUUUGACGAGAGCCACAUGUCCAAAUACAUCUCAGAGAUUGUGCAGAAAGACCCCGUCGCCUUUGCCCAUCCAGGCCCGGGGGAAGACGUCCUCUUUGAGUCGGAUUAUCAUCACACCGCCGUUGAGUCCGAAGAAGAUGGAUGCAGUCAUUGCAACCCGGAUAGAAUCCGACCUCGGCAGCCACGGGAGACACAGGAUCCCAUAGUUCAUUAUGGAUUGAUUGUCUCUGGUAAUUCUCUGGUACGCCACGGAGUGACUCGGGACCAGCUGGCGCAGAAGCAAGGCGCUCUCUGUAUGGAGACGGAGGUGAACGGCCUGAAGGAUGCUGCCAAGUACUUGGUCGUUCGAGGAAUCUGCGACUAUGCAGAUUCACACAAUUCCAAGCUCUGGCACGCCUACGCCGCCGUCGCCGCAGCAGCAUAUGCAAAAGAGGUCCUUUCUUUCAUACCCGCGGUUGUCAAGACGACAACUCUGGCAACAAACACAUAUGCUGAGGCCGCACCGGUUCUUGACGCCUUGCUACUCACCCGGCCUGAGGUUGACCGAAAGUCCCUUAUUGCUUUGAAAGGCCGCAGAGUUGACGGCACCUGUGAGUGGCUUAUACAACACCCUAGCUAUCAGGGAUGGCUGGCAGAUGCCAAUCAACCACUUCUCUGGAUCUCAGGCGGCCCUGGAAAAGGGAAGACCAUGCUGUCAAUCUACAUCACCGAAGUGCUACAGCCAAUGGUUGACACCGGCGAAGACGUUCUCCUAUAUUACUUCUGUAGCAAUCGUGAUAAGAACCGCAACACCGCACUCACCAUAAUGAGAGGCAUCAUACAUCAAUGGAUUAGCCGCCAUCCACACCUGGCGCAACAUGUCAAGGCCUCUUUCGAAGGAACUGAAACAACCAAAUAUACCGUUUCCAGCUUCGUCUCCUUGUGGAGAGUGUUCCUUACUCUGCUUCGGCAGAGCGGGUCUUCUCAGGUAGUCUGUGUGCUGGAUGGUUUGGACGAAUGCGAAAAGGAAUCGCUGGGACAGCUUCUCGAUGCCAUUGGAACAUACCUAUCGAACUCUCAGGAAAAGGAGAGGCCACGACUAAAGCUCAUUCUUCUCUCCCGACCCCAGCCAGCCAUUCUGGAGAGAUCGCUUGCCCAAUAUGAACAGAUCAAGUUGGACGCUUCCGGCACAGAGAUUUCGCGUGAUAUAGAGACGUACAUCUUCGCCAAAGUUGCCGAAUUGGCAUACGAACAAAAUCUUUCGGAACCACAAAUUGCCCAAGUUCAACAGGCAUUGCUGGCGGGCGCUGAUGGCACCUUUUUGUGGGUUGGAUUCGUUGCCAAUGAGCUUCAGGGCAGGAGUUGGGACAAGAUGAAUGAGAUUCUCCAUCGUGUUCCCAAAGGCCUUGGCGGUGUCUACCAGCGGCUUCUGCAGCAAAUCGAAGACAAAGAUGCGCUGGUCCCAAUUCUUCAAUGGGUUGUUCUCGCUGCCCGGCCCCUUACACUGGAUGAAUUGACGGCGGCCACCGGGAUCAAGGCAUCCGGGAACUUCUCGGCAACGGACGUGAUCAGGAACCGGCUCAGACUCUGCGGACUAAUGGUGAAAAUCCAAGGAAAUGUAGUCAACCUGGUCCACGAGUCGGCAAAGGAGUUUUUUCAGAGUAAUCAAGUCAACGUCAAAGGGAUCAGCAGGUUCCGCAUGAACCACGACACUCAUAGGAGUCUUAUGCAGACCUGCCUAGAACACGUUGAACGUGGUUAUGGAAGUCCCGGAAAUAUGAAAGAGAGAUCUGCCAAAUAUCCUCUCCUGACUUAUGCCAGCCAAUAUUGGCCGGUGCAUUUCCAGCACGCCAUUGAUGCGAUUGAUGUUUCGUCCGAGUUUUCGCGCCCGUUCUUCCAGGCUGAAUCUCCAGUCCGGGAUGAUUGGUGGAAGUUCUACUGGGAGCAGGAGAAGAAUGGUAGAAACGCGCCCUCGUUCACGCUCCUGCAUCUCGCUGCGUAUCUUGGCAAUGUGCCUUGGGCCAAGCUGCUGAUGAAAGAGAGUUCUCGUGCCAUUUCACGAAAGGACAACUAUGGCCGGACGCCGCUUUCCUGGGCUGUCAACCGAGGCCAUCGAGACAUGGUCGAAUUACUGCUUGACCAUGGUGCUCGUAUCAAUGUCAAAGAUCGGAGCGAUUUGACGGCACUCCACGUAGCUGUCACUGGACAGCACAAGGAGAUUGUGUCUGUGUUGAUCGAUCGAGGUGCCCGUCUCGAGAGUAAAUCCGAGCAUGGCGACACACCCCUGAUUCGAGCCAUUCAAGCCAACUCUAGGGAAAUCAUCCAGAUUUUACUCGAACGUGGAGCGCGCGUGAACAAAUUACCAACUCCUCCAGGAGUUGCGUCCCUGAGACCACCUACGGACCCAAUGGAAGAGCGAGUAAAGGAGCUAUUGAUGCUUCAAGAACCAAUUUUUCUUGCAAGAUACAACAAGGCAUCGCGAAAUGUUGGCAUGGUCAUGAAAGUCAUGGGCCUUUCGUUCCGCUUUCCCGUCAUUCUUCGAUUGAUGACACUAUAUCUGAAGUUUAUAGCGUUUGACCGUUGGGAGCACAUGUCUGUACUGCAGGAGCUCGUUGACGAGAAUAGAACGGACGAACUGCGAGAAUGGGCCGAGCAGUAUCGCGAGUUCUUCGUCCAGCUGAUUGUUGCUAGGAAUCCUAGGAGACUGACGGCCAUGACCGACCUGCCGACGCAGAUUUUUCGGGCGGUUGCUCCUGGAGAUCUUCACGCAUUGCUGGCAAUCGCGGUCCUCGUUGGCUCGGAAACUAAACUCGCGGCCAAUCGACAGGGAUGGAGAGAAGGAGACUUCAUCACGGCUAGGGCGUUCUCACAUUGGGCCGCCAUUGCCUACGACAGAGACGCCGAAGAGUACUUGCACUAUGGUGUCCGCGAAUUCCUUAACGAUUUCGAUGUCUGUAUUCAAAGGGGAAAUCGAGAAGACAACGUGCAUCGCUCGGCGGUACUCUUGACAUGCCAGUAUGGCAUGCUGGACAACAAGGAGCCGAAACCAAUCGAUUACUUCGCUAGGGUCAUUGCGGAAUUCUACGAAGGAUACAUUGGGAGCGGCCACGAAGUUGAUUUGUUCAGUGACUUGAAUCAGGCGUGCGCCAAUGAGCUCAUGGUCAUCAGCCAAAGCCAAGACUCUCACAGGCUAUCUCUCUUCUUAACGAGUAUUGUCCAAUUCGCUCAGCGUUCUCGAGACAAGGGACUGGACCGCUUUCUCAACAUACCAUCAGCAUCAUGCUUGAUUCUGUGCCAAGAAAAUGCCGCUGCUCAUCGGUGGCUGAUUGGCGAAGCAAUACCGGAGGCAUUUAGUGCCUUGAUAUCACAACAACCCGCCGGGGCGCUUCAGAAGAGGGCGUGUAAGACUCUUGUGGAGUGUUUGAUCAUUGCGAAGCAGUAUGGGUUGGCACUGCCUGCGGCGGAACUGAAGCAAAGAGUGAAGCAGCACCUGCACGAAUUGCCGGGAGUGGAAAAUAUGAUCAAGGGAAUAAUUGGGUUAUAA